AUGGCCUCCGAUAGUGACGAUGAUGAGUUCGCAUACGUAGCCCCUUCCAAGGCCCAGACGAAUAGAGUCGCGGGAACACAGAAACCCACCAAGACCGUGUACGAAGAGGAAAGAGAUGCCCGAAUACGUGCUAUUGUGCAGGAACACAAUCUCACUACAUUAACAACCUCACACCAGCAACAACAAGAGGAGGAACAACAACCGCAUCAACAUCAACAGAGAUGUGAUGUAGUGGUAGGAGAACCCACAAACGAUACAAGAAUAGGUAAUUACGAUAUGAGGGAUAAAAAUCACAGAAGGACUUCUACAUCAUAUCAUAUGGAAAAUAACUCCGUGUGUGUUACCUCUGCCACCUCCACCAACAACAAUAACAGUAAUAGUAAUAGCAAUAGUAAUAACAACUCUGCACGGAGUUUGGCAGAAGAGGCACAACGACUGAAAGAUCAGCGAUAUGCUAUUUACCGUCGUAACCGAGCAUUAAAUCAGAAUGCCCUCAAAGAGGUGGAUCCAGGCACAAAACGAUAUAUGCAAGUUAUGUACACUCCUGCCAAUAAUGGAGUACGACAGCACCAACCGGGACGACGUCCUCCUAAUUCUUCUUCUUCUAGUUAUUCGGGUAAUAAUACACAAGGAGGUGGUGGAAGACGACAGUUUACACCGCAUGGUAGUCGUCCGCCUAAACGUCCACGUGAGUAA